ACUUUUGAAAAAGUGAGGUUAGAAAACGUUGACAGAAAUUCUCCCGCUUAGUUUUGUACAUUUGCGUAAGGAAUUCUGUAUAAACGAGUUUUGACGAGGUAAAAGAAAUGCCUAAAGCCAAUAAUGUUCCUAAUAAAAGAAGAGCCAAAGAUGAUCCCGUUGUUUCACGCAGAUUAAAAAAAGGAAAAUUUACAUUAAAUGAUGUUCCAAUUGUAAAAGAAAAUAAAGAAGGUGUUGUUCUUGUUACCGGAGCUGGAGAUGUUGGACAAUUAGGUUUAGGAAGUGAUGUUUUAGAAAAGACUAGGUUUGGUUUAGUUAAAAUUGAUGACGAAAUAAUUGAUGUUUAUGCUGGUGGGAUGCAUACUGUGUGUUUAACAAAGGAUGGAAAAGUAAUUACAUUUGGUUGUAAUGAUGAAGGAGCUUUGGGAAGACCCACAGAUAAAGCUGAUUCGGAAUUUGAACCAGGAGUUGUAGAUUUGCCAGGAAAAGUGAAACAAAUUACUGCUGGUGAUUCACACACAGCAGCAUUAUUAGAAGAUGGAAAAGUUUAUGCUUGGGGAACUUUCAGGGAUUCUCAUGGUAGUAUGGGUUUAACGCCAACAGGAAAUGAGAAACUGCCAUAUUUAAUAAUGUCAGAACAUGUAAUAAUAAAAAUUGCUUCGGGUUCUGAUCACAUAGUAUUUUUAACAAACCAUGGUGAAGUAUUUACUUGUGGUUGUGCUGAACAAGGCCAAUUAGGUAGAUUACCUGAAAGAAGUUCAGGAAGAAAUGCUAGAAGUGGCAUUGGUAAAGAUCAAAUAGCAAAACUUCUAGUACCACACAUCAUAAACCUAAAACCUCAUUUAAAAUUACAUUUUGAAGAUAUUUGGGCGGGACAUUAUGCAACUUUUGCAAAAGUUGCGGAUAAAAAUGACGUAUAUUCAUUUGGAUUAAAUAAUUAUCACCAAAUAGGUGCUCAACCAAAUGUACAAUAUAAUCCAACAAAAUCGGAAGUUUUCUCUAAGUAUAAAUGGCUAUCAAUUUGUUGCGGGCAACACCACACUAUAGCAUUAGACGUUGAUGGACAAGUAUAUACAAUUGGAAGGAAAGAAUAUGGUAGAUUAGGUUUAGGUGAAAAUUGUGAGGAAUCAAUAGAAUUAGUUAAAAUCCCAUCUAUUAAAGAUAAAGUGAUUUGUAUUGGAACGGGAUCAGCAACAUCUUUUGCAGUUACAGAAAAAGGAGAUUUGUAUGGUUGGGGAAUGGGAAAUAAUGGACAAUUAGGGACUGGGAAAGAGGAUGACAGUUUUGCACCAAUAUUAAUAGAGGGCAAACAAUUAGUUGAUAAAAAAGUGUACAGGGUGAAUGGUGGAGGACAACAUACUGUAAUAUUAGCAUUAUCUAAUAUAAAUAAUAACAAAACAGAAUGACAGAGUAUAUGUGGUUUUGUUUGUACUUUUUUUUGUUUCUAUUUUGUCAUUUAUAUUAAAUAUAUGUCUUUUUUGAUUACCCUUAAUAGACUGAAAUAAUUUUAUACUUUAUUGAUAUAAAUUCUUCUUUAAUCAUACAUUGUGUACUAAGAAAAACGAAAAAAAUUUAAAGUACCAUAAUUUUAAUUUAAGUUUAGAUAUAUCUCGCAUUUAUUGUUGCAAUGUGUUCUCUCCUUUUUUGUAAUAAUCAUAGUGUAGCUAACGUUUUUUAUAAUAUUAAUUCAUUAUUAAAUACACGGAAAGGUAUAA